ACGAUGGCUGCCGCUACGCCAUAGGCCGGCUUCUCUCCCCCGGAAGCCUUCCGUGUCAGGGCAGGCGGCAUGGAACUCGCUCCUUUUGCAUCCGAAAGGAUACGAAAAAGCAGGCGAUUGCCAGUCGCAGCAUCAGAUUUACCAAGCCGAGGAGCUGACGGGGAGCGUGAGAACGCGUUCAGAAAGCCUUUGUGGAGUGGUCUCGCUACUGCUCGCCCGGUCCUCCUACGGAAACUUCAACUCCCAGAGGCAGCGGCUGUAGUUGCUCGUCGGAUAAGACGGCCCGUGCGUACUGCGUCAUCAGACUGCGCCAGCCCGACUCUACUGUGAGAGGAGGAGGGGUUUGCACGGAGCAGGGCCUGGGGGCGGGGGCGAAGAGUGUUACGACGAGGCGUGGUUUUCCUCUUGAGGUCACACUACUGGUCUCUCAUUAAACAAUGACCGGCUCUAUAAGCUCACAUAUUCCACUGAAGUCUUUCUUGAUAGAGGCAAGGGCCAGCUGCAGGACAGUGUGGGCUACCGAAUUUCAUCCAAUGUAGAUGUUGUCCUACUAUGGAGGAAUCCUGAUGGAGACGAUGACCAGCUGAUCCAAAUCACAAUAACAGAUGUAAAUGUUGAAAAUGUAAAUCAACAAAGAGGAGAGAAGAGCAUCUUCAAAGGAAAAAAUACACCUAAAAUCAUAGGCAAAGAAAACUUGGAAGCUAUGCAGAGGCCUAUGCUCCUCCAUCUCAUCCGUGGGAAGGUCAAGGAGUUCUACUCAUAUGAAAAUGAACCAGUGGCUAUAGAAAAUCUCAAGAGAGGCUUGGCUAGCCUGUUUCAGAUGCAGUUAAGCUCUGGAACCACCAAUGAGGUAGACAUCUCUGGGGAUUGUAAAGUGACCUACCAGGCUCAACAAGACAAAGUGGUCAAAAUUAAGGCCUUGGAUAUGUGCAAAAUAGAAAGGCCUGGAUUUACAACUGCAAGUCAGGUGCUGGGAGUCACUGUGAAAGCCACAUCUGUCACAAACUACAAGAUAGAAGACAGCUUUGUCACAGCUGUGCUAGCAGAAGAGACACGGGCUUUUGUGCUAAAUUUCUUACAAUCUAUUUCAGGAAAAAUAGUAUCCAAGCAGAAAUUGGAGUUGAAGACGACUGAAGCAGGCCCAAGGAUGAUACCUGGAAAGCAGGUUGCAACUGUGGUUAAAGCAAUGGACUCAAAGUACACAGCCAUUCCCAUUGUGGGGCAGGUCUUCCAGAGUGUGUGUAAAGGAUGCCCUUCUUUGGCAGAGCACUGGCAGUCCAUCAGGAAGCACAUGCAGCCUGACAACCUGUCGAACACAGAGGCGGCGAGGAGCUUCCUGGCCUUCAUUCAGCACCUCAGAACAGCAAAGAGAGAAGACAUCCUUCAGAUCCUGAAGACAGAGAAAAAAGAAGUUCUCCCACAGCUGGUGGAUGCAGUCACCUCUGCUCAGACCCCGGACUCAUUAGAUGCUAUUUUGGACUUCUUGGAUUUCAAAAGUGACAGCAGCGUUCUCCUCCAGGAGAGGUUUCUCUAUGCUUGUGGGUUCGCCUCCCACCCUGAUGAAGAACUCCUAAGAACCCUCAUUAGUAAGUUCAAAGGUUCCUUUGGGAGCAAUGACAUCCGAGAAAGUGUCAUGAUCAUCAUGGGAGCUCUUGUCAAGAAGCUGUGUCAGACUGACGGCUGCAAACUCAAAGCAGUGGUUGAAGCCAAGAAGCUAAUCCUUGGAGGACUUGAGAAACCUGAGAAGAAAGAGGACAUUACAAUGUACCUGCUGGCUCUGAAGAAUGCCCUGCUUCCAGAAGGCAUCCCACUGCUUCUGAAGUAUGCCGAGGCAGGAGAGGGGCCUGUCAGCCACCUGGCCAUCACCACUCUCCAGAGAUAUGACGUCUCAUUCAUAACAGAUGAGGUGAAAAAGACCUUGAACAGGAUAUACCACCAGAAUCGGAAAGUUCAUGAAAAGACUGUGCGCACUACGGCAGCUGCCGUCCUUUUAAAGAACAAUCCAUCCUACAUGGAUGUGAAAAAUAUCCUGCUCUCUAUUGGGGAACUUCCCAAAGAAAUGAACAAAUAUAUGCUAACCAUUAUCCAAGAUAUCCUGCGUUUUGAGAUGCCUGCCAGCAAAAUGGUCCGACGUGUUCUCAAGGAAAUGGUUGCUCAUAAUUAUGACCGGUUCGCCAAGAGUGGGUCCUCUUCUGCCUAUACUGGCUACAUAGAACGUAGUCCCCGAGCCGCGUCUACAUAUAGUCUUGACAUCCUUUACUCUGGUUCUGGCAUUCUGAGGAGAAGUAACCUGAACAUCUUCCAGCACAUUGGGAAAGCAGAGCUUCAUGGCAGCCAGGUGGUCCUUGAAGCCCAAGGGCUGGAGGGUUUAAUUGCAGCCACUCCUGAUGAGGGGGAGGAAAACCUUGACUCCUACGCUGGCAUGUCUGCCAUCCUCUUUGAUGUUCAGCUCAGACCUGUAACCUUUUUCAGUGGAUACAGUGAUUUGAUGUCCAAAAUGUUGUCAGCAUCUGGAGAUCCUAUCAGUGUGGUGAAAGGACUUAUUCUACUAAUAGACCAUUCUCAGGAGCUUCAGUUGCAAUCUGGACUAAAGGCCAACAUGAAGGUUCAGGGUGGGCUAGCUAUUGAUAUUUCAGGUGCAAUGGAGUUUAGUCUGUGGUAUCGUGAGUCUAAAACUCGAGUGAAAAACCGGGUGGCUGUGGUGAUAACCAGUGACAUUACAGUGGACUCCUCUUUUGUGAAAGCUGGUCUGGAAACCAGAGCAGAAUCAGAAGCAGGCCUGGAGUUCAUCUCUACAGUGCAGUUUUCUCAGUAUCCAUUCUUAGUCUGCAUGCAGAUGGACAGGGCUGAAGCUCCUUUCAGGCAAUUUGAGACAAAGUACGAGAGGCUGUCUACAGGCAAAGGCUAUGUCUCUCAGAAAAGAAAAGAAAGCCUAAUAGCAGGAUGUGAACUCCCGCUCCAUCAAGAGAACUCGGAGAUGUGCAAUGUGGUCUUCGCCCCUCCAUCGGAGACUAAUUCAGGUGGAUGGUUUUGAAACUGACCAGAAAAACAGUUCAUUUGGAUUCAUUUCCCAAGAGGGAUAGAAUUUGACAUGCCUAAGUACUUUCUCUCUGAGAGCACAGUGUUUACAUAUUUACCUGUAUUUAAGAUUUUUGUAAAAAGUGAUGAAAAGUUUCCAUCAAUUAAAGUUGAGCCUAUUCAGGAACACGGCCAGCAGUGUCAUAGUGAAUAAUCACGUGACACUUGUAACACCAUUCUUACUUUCUCUUAUAGUUCACAAAAUCCCCCCCCCCCCCCCAGAACAAGGAGACUAGUUCUUCCCUGAAAAGAAAUGAGUGUCUGUUAAAAACAAAGACAAAAACAUAAAACUAUAGGUGCUCAAGCAAAUCCAAUUCUGGUGCAACAAUUUCCAGUCAGUGCAUAUGAAGCCCUUGGUGGAACCUGCAGCUUGCUUUCUCUACACUGUGUCCCCUAAUCAGGGGAUGCAGGAUGACAAAGAAGCUACUUUUUCCUUUUCCUCCUUAUUUCUUGUCUUCCUCCCCCUCCCCAUUUUGUUUUGAUUUUGGUAUAUGGGGAAGGUUCAGGGAAAGAGCAGAGAUAAGACUUUUAAAAGAUUUUUGUGAGUUAACCUCAAGAAGUAAUAUUUAUGUUUUGUUAUUGCUAGUUUUAUUACGUACUAAGGGAGGAGGUGCAUAGAAUUAAAACAUGCUGUUUUAUCUUUCUGCUUGCCCAGUAAUGAGACUGCUUGGAAAGCAUUCCAACCUGUACCUCCAGUCCUAAAAAUAAUUCAAAAUUAGUACAUAGGAGUAAAGAAAGUAAAUUUCAGGAAGUCUAUUUGAUUUUUCUUAAGCUGUGUCUCUUUGAAACUGUAGUGCAGUACACUCUUCUUUGUGAAAGACAUCCUGAUGUAGUCAACACUUUGUCGCUCCCUCACUUGUUUGGGGGCAGAAGCUUUAGUUUGUCUGACUACAAUUUGUACAAUAGCCAUAAUGACUGAGAGAAUAUUGCUUCAAAAAACUGAUGGAUUUGAAUUUCAAAACUAUGAAAUAAAAUAGAUUACUUGUAUGAACUGAAGGCCGUGUCAAACAUUUUAAAAUAUUUAUUAAUAAAAUAAAUGUGUUUAUUGUGAUAAACUCCCAAAA